CCAUAUAAAGCGCUUGUUCUUCCGGGCCGGUCAGCCGCUGCUCUUAUUCGUGCAGAAAUAGGUAACUAUGUUUGUUUGAUGGUAGCAUUUGUUAUAAUCACGAUACGCAUUCGGAACGCAUCAUAUUUGACGCUAUAUCUCGGCCGCGAGAACCGGGACGGAUGUAUCGCUCAAACUGACAGUUCGCAAAACGUAAACAGCUCGAUAUUCGCAAACGAGCUGUUCGUUAAAUCACUCAGCACGGGACCGUUUAGAAGUAACGGUGAGAACAUUACUGUUACAUAUGUUACCGGUCAUUAAUCUGGUACUUGACAGUAUCAUAUUGUCCGCGACUAUUUGUAGUGAUGUUGUUAUCAGUGUUUUGAGAACAAAAGCAGCAGCGAUGUCUAUGGCCUGUCAUAGAUAUCAACGGUCUUGGGACUGAAAUAUGCAAAAAUAAAGAGUUUAUUGAAAAUAACAGUGAUCCAGAAUCCUGCUGCAUGACACCUAAGAUACUGAAAGACAAAGAGGUGUGAUGGAGGUGAAGGAGGAAAGUAGAAACCUAAAUGAGGUGGAGGAGCGACAUCCUCACUCCGUCACUGACGAAACAUCCCUGAUUCUCGCACAGAAAACGAUCAAAAUCAAGAAGUCUUACAUCUGCCCUCAGUGCGGAAAAAGUUUUGCAGGUAAAUCACGGCUCGAGCGCCACAUAAGAAUUCACACCGGAGAAAAACCGUUUGCGUGUUUUGUGUGCGCGAAGAGUUUCGCGUGCAAAGAAAGACUCGACAGGCAUGUGAAAAUCCACUCCGGAGAGAAGCCUUUCACUUGUGAAUGGUGCGGAAAGCGUUUGGCGUGUAAAACGAGACUCAAGAGGCACGUGAUUACCCACACUGGAAAAAAGCCUUACACGUGCUUGCAUUGCGAAAGGAGCUUCACGACGAACACAAACCUGCAGCGCCAUGUCAAGCUCCACACUGGAGAAAGACCACACACUUGCCAAGAGUGUGGAAAGAGCUUCAUACGCAAGGAAAAGCUCAGGUUUCACAUGACCAUCCACACUGGAGAGCGGCCUUACAGUUGCGAACAAUGCGGGAAGAGUUUCCGACACAUCAACGGUCUCAAAGAUCACCAGCUCUCUCAUGCCGCCGAGAGGUCUUUUAACUGUGAUCAAUGCGGUAAGGAUUUUAUUACCGCGUCUGCUCUGAAGAGACACUUGAGAGUUCAUUCAGGUGAGAAGCCUUUCCUGUGUUCUCUGUGUGGGAAGAGUUUUGCACGUGUGGACUGCUUUAAAAGGCAUCAGGAGGUCCAUAGUGGUGUGAAGGAUCACGUGUGCUCUGAGUGCGGGAAGGCUUUUAUCACGUCCGACCAGCUCAAGCAGCACCAGAGGAUUCACACUGGAGAGAAACCCUACAAGUGCUCACUUUGUGGGAAGAGUUUCGCUCAGUCGCCGCACCUGAAAGCACACGAGAGGAGCCACAGCACUGACGGCCAUCUGGUAAUAAGCGAUCAGAUCAUCUACUGAUUCAAGUGGACAAUGCAUGAUCCAAAGGUAUCUUGAGAAUCUGAAUCCCAAAAGGAGAAAAUAAACCAUUCUAUCACUAGGUCUAUACUAUGUGUUUGUCUUCAUUAAAAACACAUGGACAGAUGUCAAAAUAUUUAACCAUUGUAUUUGUAGUAGAACUGUGGUUAUACAAAUGGUAAUCAAUGUAAAAAAAAAUAAAAAAUACAUGGUUACUACAAUUUUACUACAAUGAAACCAAGGUUAUUUUUUCAUAAGGGUUGUGAAAAUUUGAUGAAUUAUGAAUGUUUUGAUAAUUACUACUGAAUUAUGGAAACAAAUGGUAAUCUCUUAUAAACUUGCCACUGUUUUUUUUAUAUUAUUUAUUACAUUUUCUGACAAAAAUAAAUACAUAAAAAAGU